AUGUUACCUCUUAAUGACCUAUAUCUCAACCGUCAAUAUAAGUCCGUGGAAACAGACCUGCAGACCAAAGCAAACAGGCUUGAAGUGAGUGUAGACUUGCUUGAGAUGCAGCUUGCCGAAUGUCAGGUUAAAUUAAAUUCGGAAAGAGAGCAGCGAGAGAAGACAGAAGCAGAAAAAGACGCCAUCAUUUCUGACCUCCAAAGCAAACUGGACAGUAUGGAGAGAGAGUGUGAGAAGAUCUUGCACGGCUGUCUGGACAGUUUGCUCUCUCACCUGGCUGAGACGCAGCUGCAGUGGGAGGAACAGAGCACAGUCCUUCAUCAGGAAGUCAAGGACACGCUCAGUGACUUUGGGAUUAACCCGCUUCACACUGAUGACCUUGGAGUCGCCAGGCCCGAACUUCAGGCAAUUAGGGCUUACAGAGAGUGCCUGCAAGUCCCACACUCGCUUGACCGAUGCUAA